UUGGAUCACUUAAUACCCAUUUAUUAGGCACAUUUAUAAUGUUUUUUUGGAUCACUUAAUACCUAUUUUUUAGGCCUAUGAACCAGAUCCGAAUAAUUGUUUGAGGAGGGGCGGGGGGGAUUUAGGUACCAUUUUGCUUUUUCCAUUUCACAAUUUACAACGAUUAUAUAAAUGAACAAUCAAGAAAGUAUUGCUGAAGGCGAGCGUCUCAAUGUUCCUAAAAGAGUAGAAGUAGCCCCAAGAAAUCCUUUAAUCGAGACACUCUUCAUAAAAUUGAACCAGUCAAAGAAUGAAGUAUCACUUGAGGAAGUUGAUGUCGAAGAUGUUGAUGACACAUUAAUUAAAGACAAGUUGACAUGUGGUAAAUGCCAUAAGACGUUCAACUCGAGAUCAUCCCUGAUCAAGCACUUGAAGGUCAAACACCAUAUUGUAAUCGUUGGUGUCAAGCAUGGGCGUCCUGACCAAGGUGGAAGGCAUACAUACUAA